UCUAGAAAAAAAAAGCGUAAUAAGGUCGAUUUAGUAUGCGGAAAUGCUAAUGAAUCGAAUAAUUGAUUAUUAAACCGGCAACGUCGCUUAUCGUUAUCGAACUUGAUAUAUAUACAGUAUGCUCGCAGCAGGCUGUUUUUAGUCGGCGAUUUGCUUUUGAAUCAGACGCACGUUGUUGAAUCACGGCGCGGGCUCCGAAAUUCUUUAAUUAAUUUUUAUUUAAUUGCUGCGUAAUGAAUGACGUUCACACUUUUUGUAUCAGAUACAGAUAGUACUUCGUCGGCCACGAGUUAAAAAUGAUUAAUUUCGAUUUAACCUGAUCCGAAUUCUUUUCGAUUUGAUUUUGUCUCUUCACCUACUCACCGAUAUUGAUUAGAUAAAGCGACCGAGUGUUUUUCCAGUACUGGAUGCCUCCUUGAUCCAGUUCCAUCAUGGCAAUCACCGAGGCGAGCAUUUACGACCACGACAUGACCUACCCUAUACACGAGAAGAACUGUCUGGUAUACAAGUUAUCGGGGCACGUACCGGCACGCUUAGUACUUUACCUUUUGUCGUGGUCCGGAUUUUUGGUUUCGUUCAUGAUGCGCACAGAUAUAAACAUCGCCAUCGUCGCGAUGGUGAAGGAUGCGAACCCGCAGGCCAACGGCGGUGGAGAGAACACGACGGCGCAGUAUUGUUUCACGACCACGAAUGAAACCAUCGAGGUUACGAACUACGGGGGGACUUUGGAGUGGUCGCCGGCGAUUCAGAACUACGUCCUGACCACGUUCUAUUGGGCGUACAUCGUGUCCCAGCUGGUCGGCGGUUGGGCGACACAAAGGAUCGGCACGAAGAAGGUGUUCGGCUACUCGCAGCUGGUGACGGCGCUGUGCAGCCUCUGCAUUCCGUGGGCGAGCGAGGUGCACUACGGCAUCGUAAUCGCGUUGAGGAGCGCGCAAGGUUUCGCCUCGGGACUAACGUGGCCGGCGAUGUACGCGCUCGUCGGUCACUGGAUUCCGGUGCCGGAGCGUAGCCGGUUCAUGUCGAGCUUUCAGGGAUUCGCGAUCGGCAUCGGCAUCACCUAUCCGCUGUGCGGAUUUCUGAUAGCGCAGUUCGGGUGGCAGUCCGCCUUCUACAUGACCGGCUCGAGCGGCGUCAUCUGGUGUUUGAUUUGGUACCUGCUCGCGUUUGACAAUCCGGAAACGCACCCUCGCAUCUCGCUCAGCGAGCAGAAGUACAUCAAGGAGAAUACGAUCAACUCCUACGCGACGAGCCGCAAUCGGAGCGUACCGUGGCGGGCGAUGUUUAAGUCGAUGCCCGCGUGGUCUAUUGGUAUAACGACGUUCGGACGCAUCUGGGUUCACUAUGUCUUCAUCAUAUCCGGACCGAAGUACAUGAAGAACAUACUCGGGUUUAGCAUAGAAAAGAACGGCUUCCUAUCCGGCGCCCCCUUUGUUUGCAGCUACAUAGCGUCGGUAUUCUUCUGCUACGUCGCCGAUAAAUUAGUAAUAAAUCAAAUAAUGUCCUUAACCAACGUCCGUAAGUUAUUUACGGCGCUCGCUCAAGUUGUACCGGGCCUACUGUGCGUAGUUAUAGGCUAUUUAGGCUGUGACAUAGUCGGAAUUUUGAUCUGCUGGUUUAUCGCGGUGACGCUCAUUACGGCGGCGUACGCGGGGGCCAUGGCGAACAUCGUGGACAUCGCGCCGAACUUCGCCGGACCCGUGCUCGCGUUCGCGCAGACGAUUCACAUGAGCGCGAGCUUCUUGAGUCCGCUCGCCUCCGGCUACAUAAUUCAAGAUGGGUAUACUCUUUCGGAUUGGCAAACUGUCUUCAACAUCGCGGCGGGCGUCGCCUGUGCAACUUACAUCGUAUACCAAAUAUGGGGAACAGAGGAGGUGCAACCGUGGAACGACGUCGACUCCCAAGAGCACGUGAGAGAGAACGAACGAAUGAUUAACGAAAAAUCGCAGACGACGAUCAUCUUACAAGGGAACGAAGCUACUUAAAAUUUUACUUAAAACGUAGGGAACGAUUGUGAUACACCGUAUUUAAAACACAUUCUUACUUAAAAGUUACAUUUAUAGAACAGCCAUACAUAAAUGUUACGCAACACUCAUUCCACAUAGAAAUAAAAUAUUUUUAAACAA